AUGGGAUCCACUGUUACAAUUAUCCCCCCUGGGGGAUUAGUGCUUGUAUCUGGAGUCAGUGGCUUCAUCGGCUCCCACAUCGCUCUUAAUCUUGUGAAAUUAGGAUACAAAGUGCGCGGUACGGUCCGCUCAGAAGAUAAGGCCACUUGGAUUAAAGAGGCCGUGGCUUACUACUAUCCGUUUGCGAGUUUUGAGGCGGCCCUCGUCCCCGAUAUAACUGCUGCAGGAGACAUGAGCUUCGGAGCUGACCCUAACAAGAUCAUCACCCCAAUGGUCAACAGCGUCAGGAACUUGUUAGAAACUGCGACCAAAGAACCGUCCGUCAAGCGAUUUGUCUUCACAAGCAGCAACCAGGCUGCGUUGAACCGAACUUUGGGUAAGGAAUUCAUGGUCGACAAGACCGCCUUUAACGAGGCGAGCGUUGCAGCUGCUUGGCGUCCGCCUCCAUACGAGCCGGAUCGUAUUUGGGAUGUCUAUUCGGCACUGAAGACACAAAUAGAGCAGGAGGUCUGGAAAUUCACCCGCGAAGAGAAGCCCAAGCUCGUCGUCAACUCCGUCCUGCCUUGCUUCAUCGUUGGUCCCAUCAUUCAUCCCAAGCAGUCAGGCAGCACAGGCAAGUGGGUAAUGGAUUUCUGGAAAGAUGCUGGCCAUUUCGCUCCUCUUCAAGGCUUCGGCGGCUCAUAUUUCGUUGACGCUGACGAUACAGCGCUCUUGCAUAUUGCUGGCUUGACCCAAGAGGAUGUGAAAAACGAACGCUUGUUCGGCUUCGCGGGCAUAUUUAAUUUCAACACUUGGGUCAGCGUUUUCCGUCAACUAGACCUGAGCAGACCUUGGCCUGCAGAUGACCCCAAUCAGCAGAGCGACCUCAGCAAGGUAGACGAUGCAAGGGAAUUGGAGUUGUUGAAGCGCUUUGGAUACAAUGGUUGGACUAGCUUUUUCGACAGUGUUAAGAAGACUGUACAAGAAAGCCGCCAGUAA